GAAUUGAAAUGUCAAACUUCUAAAUUGACAGGUAGGUACCGGGAGUUUUAAAUUUAAAAUCCACAUAUUGAACGAUUUUUCUUCUGAUAGGGAAGGGAAGUACAAGAAUGGGCCGUAUGUCUGGAAUAAAAUGGGAGAGAGCUACACAGUGUAGACCUGUUCACAACAUUAUUUCAUCUGAUUUUCCCAAGUAUAAUCCUCAACAAUGGAAGUUUAUGGAAGGACGCUCACGAAUAGAAUGGCUUCUGUCGUACGAAUACCAAAGAAUGUGGUUAGAAGAGAGGGAAGCUUGGAAGAAGCGCAUGUACCCCGAAAAUGUUACAGUCAACGUUGAUAUUGUAAAGCGCUACGUUUUGACAUUUAAAACGAACUACAAUCCCCCGAAGCCGGAACAGAAGAAACCAUUUAAAAUGAAAAAGUUUGAAGGAAUAGGAAGUAAAACAGCUUCAAAACGUCCACCAGGUGAUAAAGCGAUGGGCAAAAAUAAGAAAACUGAAAAGUCCGAAAAUUAGUCACGGGAAGGAACACUAAUACUAUUAUAUUACUCCUUACUACAUAUUACAUUUUUUCUAUAGGUGUUUUACUUUAACAAUUUAUAAUAAAAUAUGCGAUAUUUGUAAAUUUAUUUUAUUUCUUGGCAUAAGCAUAAGGCAUGUUGCCUUCACUGCAACUUUCCAUAUAACUUACAAUAUGAAACCGAUUUUGAUGCAAACAGGAUUUGCGACUGUCUUAGACAAAAUUCAGUUUCCAUUGUUAGUUUUAUUAAUAAAAUAAUUUUUAAACUGC